AAACGACGGCCUGCUUAGCGUGUUUCCCUGUAAUGGCUGUAUCACCUUGACGGCGGGCAUAGAAUCUGGUCUUCUGUCCUCGUAUCCUCAAAGCCACCACUUCAAUUCACGUUUGUUUUUAAUAUUCCCCAUCGAUGCUUGCAGAUACCGAAAGAAGGGUCUGCAAAUGAACAAAAAUGCCGGUUGAUAAGAAGUCAGGCAACGGCAGGCCCUCGCUCGACUCCGUCUCGUCCAUCUCGACGACCAGUAUAGUAUUCGAUCACCUCAACGACCUCGAGAUCCACAAGAAGCACCGACCGCAUUUAAUGACCGAAUCCAUCCGCCGCGACGAUCACCUGUCGGACUUUGACGAUGACGACCCCCUCAAGCAGGAGAUGGACGGGGAGGGAGACCUGGAAACCGGUCCCUUCCUCGCCGGCCGCGAUGCUUACACAUUCGGCGGCGGGAAAUACAUGGACCGCAAGUUCCGGCGCAUCAUGAUCGUGGUAGCCGGCUUGCUGGUCGCGGCGUGGGUGGGCGGCCUUUUUGUCUACAUCGCGUCCAAGUCGUACAAGCACGCAACCACGGUCGAGCACGAUCCGGAAAAGACCAAGGCCGCGGCCCUGACGAGCGGGAAGAAGAUCACCAUGGAUCAAGUCAGGUCCGGGACGUGGUAUGCCGCCUCGCACGACAUCACCUGGAUCGCGGGACCCAAAGGCGAGGACGGCCUGAUGAUUGAGGUUGGUGCCGACGGGAAGGAUUACAUCGUUAUCGAGGACGGGCGGGCCGAGAACCCCGAUUCCUCGGCCGAGGCGGAGGUCGACGUGACGGCAAGCCGGAGGACUCUGAUGAAGAAUGGUAGCUUCCGAUACCAGGGCCGCAUGCACAUUCCAUCCGGCGCGGAGCCGAGUCGUGACCAACAAAAGGUUCUGCUGCGAACAGAACAGAAGAGCAAUUGGCGACACUCACACACGGCGUGCUACUGGAUUUGGGAUGUCGCGACGGAGACCGCUGAGCCUCUCAUACCAGCAAGUCCCGAUGCCAGGGUUCAGAAUGCGCAGUGGAGUCCUACAAGUGACGCAAUCGUCUUUACAAGAGAAAACAACCUCUACCUACGCACCAUUGGCUCCAAAAAGGUUACACAGAUCACCAAGGACGGCGGGGCAGACCUUUUCUACGGCGUUCCGGACUGGGUCUACGAGGAGGAGGUCAUUGCAGGGGCCAGUACAACGUGGUGGUCCGAAGAUGGAAAAUACGUCGCAUUCCUUCGUACCAACGAGACCGGAGUUCCCGCUUUCCCCGUACAGUACUUUAUGUCCAGGCCUAGUGGGGCGAGUCCCAAGGCCGGGGAGGAGACGUACCCAGAAGUGCGCGACAUCAAGUACCCGCGCUCGGGCUCCCACAACCCCGUGGUUGAUGUUCAGUUUUAUGACAUUGCCCGUGGCGAUGUGUUUACUGUCGACAUCAACGGUGGUUUUGCAGACGAGGAUCGUCUCAUUACGACAGUUCUUUGGGCCGGUAGCCAAGUGAUUGUCAAGGAGACCAACCGGGUCAGCGAUAUCAUGCGUGUGGUGCUGAUUGACGUAAAGAAGCGGACGGGCAAGACAACACGCACUGUCGAUGUUGGCAAGAUCGACGGCGGCUGGUUCGAGAUUUCACAAAACACCAAGUAUAUUCCUGCCGACCCCAAGAAAGGUCGUGACCAAGAUGGGUACAUCGACACGGUCAUUCACAACGACGGCGACCAUCUCGCAUACUUUUCGCCUCCCGACAACCCGGACCCUAUCAUGCUGACUUCGGGUCCGGGCUGGGAGGUAGUUGACGCGCCGUCAGCCGUCGACCUCGAAAACAAUCUCGUCUACUUCAUUGCGACCAAAGAAGGCAGCACACAACGUCACGUCUACAGCGUGCAGCUGGACGGCAAGAACAUGAAAUCCUUUACCGACACCGAGGCCAAGGGGUACUACGACGUCAGCUUUUCCUCGGGGGCUGGCUAUGCCCUCCUCAGCUACAAGGGGCCCAAGAUUCCUUGGCAAAAGGUCGUCAGCACACCGGCGAACAAUCAACGCUAUGAGGUUCUCAUUGAGGAAAACAAGGAAUUGGCAGAAAGCGCGCGCAAGUACGACCUGCCGCUACUGAACUACGGCACCUUGAAUGUUGAAGGUGUCGAGCUCAACUAUCUAGAAAGGAGACCUCCUCAGUUCAGCGAGAAGAAAAAGUACCCAGUGCUGUUCCAUCAGUACAGCGGACCAGGAUCUCAAUCAGUCAGCCAAAAGUUCAGCGUCGAUUUCCAGAGCUACGUCGCCGCAUCGCUCGGCUACAUUGUCGUCACCUUUGACGGGCGUGGCACCGGCUUCAUUGGACGCAAGAACCGCGUUCUCGUGCGCAGCAGGCUUGGGGAGAUCGAGGCGCAGGAUCAGAUCGCCGCAGCCAAACACUGGGCCAGCCUCGGAUACGUCGACCCCUCGCGCAUUGCCAUCUGGGGCUGGUCUUACGGUGGCUUCCAGACGCUCAAGACGCUCGAGGCGGACGCUGGCAGGACGUUCAGCUACGGCAUGGCGGUGGCGCCCGUCACCGACUGGCGCUUCUACGACUCGAUCUAUACGGAGCGAUACAUGCUCACGCCGCAGCAGAACGAGGAUGGCUACACCAAGAGCGCCGUGCACAACGUCAGCGCGCUGGCCUCGAACAAGCGGUUCCUUUUGAUGCACGGCGCCUCGGACGACAAUGUGCAUUUCCAGAACUCGUUGACGCUGCUGGACAAGCUGGACAUGGGUGCAGUGGAGAAUUAUGACGUCCAUGUCUUCCCUGACAGUGACCACAGCAUCUUCUUCCAUAAUGCCAACAAGAUCAUAUACGACAAGCUCGAGAAUUGGCUGGUCAACGCAUUCAACGGCGAGUGGCUCAAAGUCAACAAUGCAAAGCCUGUAGAGCUAGUGCACCCUACUCAACUUGUGAGGGAAAGGGAAAAGGCCAAGCUGAGGAAGAGGUGGCAAGAGAUUCAGAAUAAAUAGAUUUUUUAUGGUAAAAUUCCAAUAUAUGCGAUUUCAACUUUGCACACCGA